GCCCUGCCCCCAGUCAUCUUCUCCAUCCACACACCUCCCCUCCACUUUGCCUACAUCUACCUCUCCCGGCAGAUCCCCCGACACCCUUCCCCGUCGUCAACACACAUACCGCAGUCAUGGCAGGGUCAACAAUCAUCUCCAAUGCGGCCAACCUCCAAAAAUACCUCGCCCUCCCCCAGAAGGGCAAGGUCAUGGCCGAGUACGUCUGGAUAGACGGCACAAACGGCGUCCGCUCAAAGUCAAAGACUCUGAGCAAGAAGGUCGAGAGCAUCUCGGACCUCCCAGAAUGGAACUUUGACGGCUCGUCGACGGGCCAGGCUCCCGGCGACAACUCGGAUGUCUACCUCCGCCCCGUGGCCUUCUACCCCGAUCCGUUCCGCCUAGGCGACAACAUCCUCGUCAUGUGCGAGACAUACAUGUCGGAUGGAUCGCCUAAUGCAUACAACUACCGCCACGACGCCGCGCUCAUCUUCAAGAAGCACGCCGAGCACGAGAUCUGGUUCGGUCUGGAGCAAGAAUACACUCUCCUCGACGAGUUUGGCUGGCCAUAUGGCUGGCCCAAGAACGGAUUCCCGGCGCCCCAGGGCCCAUACUACUGCGGUGUCGGCACCGGCAGGGUCUUCUGCCGUGACAUCGUCGAGGCCCACUACAAGGCCUGCAUGUACGCCAACAUCGAGAUCUCAGGCACAAACGCCGAGGUCAUGCCCGCGCAGUGGGAGUACCAAGUCGGUCCCUGCAACGACAUCGACCUCGGCGACCAGCUCUGGAUGUCCCGCUUCCUUCUGCACCGUGUCGCUGAGGAGUUUGGUGCCAAGGUCACAUUCGCGCCCAAGCCCAUCCCUGGUGACUGGAACGGUGCUGGUCUGCACACCAACGUUUCCACCAAGGAGACGCGCGCCGAGGGUGGCAUGAAGGCCAUCGAGGCUGCUAUGGAGAAGCUCUCUGCCCGCCAGGCGGAACACAUGGCCGUCUACGGUGCCGACAACCAGCUGCGCAUGACAGGCAAGCACGAGACAGCCUCGUACGACAAGUUCACCUGGGGUGUCGCCAACCGUGGCUCCUCCGUCCGUAUCCCCCGCUCCGUCGCGGCGGACAACAAGGGAUACUUCGAGGACCGUCGCCCAGCCUCCAACGGUGACCCUUACCAGAUCACCGGCAUCGUCGCCGAGACCAUGUUCGGUAAGGCCGAUGGUGCUGACGUUGCUGCUUUCGCCGAGAAGGCCGGAACCGUCGAGACGGAGAUGAUUGUCGAGGUCGUCAAGCCAUAGAUGUGGCUUUUCCUCUUCCUCUGUCACCACGUACUCUCUUCAUACCCCCUCCCGAUUUUCCUCGUUGGAUCAUGACAUGACAUGACACUAUUGUCGACCAUGACUUAGAUCGCUGGCUGCUUGGUUUGGGCUUUUUGUCCAACCUCGACUCCCACCCUACCACAUCCCCUUUUUACACCUCAUACCUCAUACCCCACCCAUCCUUCACGAUGCGGCGAGACUCUGCAUGAACGGAACGAUGUAAUUUAGAGCGGCAAUGAAU